CAUGACGUCAUCUGUCGGUACAUAAGCGUGAACGGACUUUAACGGUCGCCGCAGUCAGUCGACGACCUCAACAGGCUGAAGUUGAUGUGACAGGACAGGCUACAGAUGUGGAGUGUCACACCGGCUAAAAGACCUCCACAGGUCGUUGUGACAGACACGCUGCCUUUACUCAAGCAGAUUGCUUCUGAAGAAAGCGAGAUCAGUGUUGGGUGAGCCACUCACCCAUUGGUCUCACCCCGUGCAGGUGACAGGUACUUGCGUCAGAAGGUGCACAAGGUUGUGUACGAGCAGGUGCAUGUUGUCCACCAUAACAACACACUUUAUCACCGAUUUCUGAGACUGAGAUCAUGGCUGAGUGGGACGAGCGGGAUGAGGCCCUGGCGCUGAAGAAGGAGAUCGAGGCCAUCAGAGACGACCUCAACAGGCACCACACGAACGUCAACAUUUCGCGAGCCACAGGAAACUCUGUUGCCAUCGCCACGGGAGUGCCUGCAGCAGCCUGCGCCAUCGCCGCCCCCUUUACAUUCGGGGUUACCUUGAUUCCAGCCAUCGUCCUGGGGAUCAUCGCCGCCGUCGGUGGAGGUGUGUCCAUCGGCGCUUCAGUCGCAGAAAUCUUCAUCAAGAGGCACAAUGUCAAGGAAGUGCAGGCGAGGUGGGAAACGUUUCGUGAGAUGUUUCUCGCAAGACAUAAGGAAAUCACAGAAUUAGCGGACUUUCUACAGAAUCUGAACUCACACACAACCUCAAACACGGUGGACAACCAAUAUAUCAGAACUGGUCUGCAAGGCGUUGGUGAGACUGUACAAACUGCUAGGGGCAUCUCAAGUGCGAUUAUUUGGGAAUUUGUCAGAGCGACACCUACAGGAAUCCGAUUUACAGCGCCUCUUGUAAGUGCGGUCGCCAUUCCGAUGGACAUCUACGACCUGGUGACCUCUGCUCUCCGUCUGCACAGAGGCUCACCUUCUGCUGCCACAGAGUCUCUCACUCAAAUCAUUGAGUUCCUUGAGAGUGUGGCCAACUGUUCUUUUUCUGAUUUUGUUUACAACGACCUUAAAAAUAAAACUGCCCGAGGACUGGACAGUUCGUUUGAUCCUGACGAUGACAGUGGCAAUGACCUUUACCAUGACAGGGAAAUAAACAAUAACAAUUAGAAUAACGAUGAAAGUGACCUUUUAGUUUAGGAUUCUGAUGGGUUUUUUUUAUGCAGCUUCAGAUGUUUUAGUUCUUCUGUGCUUACUCUUAAGGACUCCAAGCAGUUUUGCUGCUAAAGAACAAGAAAAAAGGUGAAGAAAUGAGCUAUUCCUAACAAGUGACUUUAGAGUAACAUUUCCACUGAAUGAGUAGUUUUCAAUACGGUUGCUAUAUUCUCGUUGUAGCAAUGCUUCGAGACUAGGUUAUUUCAUGAUCACAAUUAGUUUAAUGUAGUACAGGGCCGCCGAGUGUGAACACGGACCCCGCCCCAGACGAUUCUCCGGGUCCCUUGUAGUUGUAAUGGUAAAUAUUUUCCCAGUAUAUAAUAAUGUGCUUACAAAUCGAUUGUCAACAUCUACAUUUCAUUCAGUAACGCAAUAUAGACUGAACACAUUAGGACAAGUGAACUAGGAGCUACAUCAUUACUUGAGCAUGGAGUUGUUUACACGUGAGUAGUUAGUAAAUAAGGUAAGUAACAUCAGAAGACCAAACUUAUAGUACUCCACUUUAUAGAAGAAAAUCCCCAGACUGAGGAAUGUUACAACCUUUCUUUAAGAGAAAAGAAAUAAGAAGGGAAACAAAUCCUACCCACGGCCUUGCCCCUCUUACAGCCGCGAGCCCGGGUACACCAGACCCUCUCCUCCACCCUUGUCAGUCCUCCAAUGUACAGGCUUUCAAUAACCCGCCAUGCUGCAUAUUGAUGCCUUGCAAAAUAUUUCUUCCUCCGACCUGUAAUCCUCACUGUAAUACUGGGUUACAUUGGGUUGUUGUGUAAUUGUCUUUAUCAAAAGCGUUGGUCUACUUUGACAUUUAAAUAUCAGUUGAUCAGAACGGGUGUAACCUAACGUGCCCACGGACACUUUAAUGAUUUUGGUAAUUAAAGAGAAAGACGAUUUCAUUUACUGUUAACUGAGUCGUACAAGUUUGGCCAAGUGCAUAAAGCUUGUAAGGAGGUAGAAAACAGUUUCUCAGAAACGUCUUCGGGAACCCUCUCCACCCACGGACACCCUUAUUCAACCUCUCCGCCCCCUGACUUGAGAGCAACACAAAGCUUGUGACACAAUACAUCGUGCGAGCUCCGCCAACACCCCUAUCUGUUAAUAAGUCAGCAGGUCCUGAUGGCAUCAAACCUAAGGUACUUUCCAUCUGUGCUGAGCAGCUGUGUAAGAUUUUUCAUACAUUGUUUUGUAUGUCAUUGUCUCUUGGCAAGAUUCCGUCUGGGUGGAAGACAUCAUGUAUUGUUCCUGUACCUAAGAAAGCUCAUGUUUCUUGCUUAAACGAUUAAAGACCUGUAGCUCUUAACUCGCACAUUAUGAAAGUUUUUGAGAGAUUGGUGCUACCAGUACUUAAGACCCAAGUUGCUGCUUUUCAAGAUCCCUUGCAGUUUGCAUACAGAGACAAGGUUGGGGUAGAUGAUGCUUUAUUGUACAUGUUACACUCUGUGUAUUCUCAUCUUGAGAAGAGCUCUGCUUGUGUACGAGUAAUGUUUUUUGAUUUUUCUUCUGCGUUCCAGACCAUUCAGCCACAACUCCUUGCUCAGAAACUGCAUAGUAUGUCGUUACAUGCAUGCACAGUGAAUUGGGUAUUAGACUAUUUAUCGGAUAGACCUCAGUAUGUAGGCUGGAAUAGUACUUUUACAUCUAGUAUGAUCAACACAUUCACUGGCGCGCCUCAAGGCACUGUUUUAUCCCCGUUUUUGUUUACACUAUAUACUUCUGAUUUUAAGAUUAAAGAAGAGUUAUGCCAUCUUCAGAAAUACUCAGAUGAUUCUGCUAUCGUUGGAUGUAUAUGUAAUGGCAAUGAGAACUUGUACAGAAAGCACAUAGAUGAGUUUGUGACAUGGUGCGAUUCUAACUUUCUUGUGUUGAACGCCAGCAAGACCAAAGAAAUGAUAUUUGAUUUUUAAAGGAAAAAGGGAUUGUCCAUCCUGUUUAUAUCAAGGAUGAAGCUAUUGAGAUGGUUAUAGGGUAUAAGUACUUGGGAGUAUUGUUAGAUAGUAAAUUAACCUGGUCUAACCAUGUGAAUGCUGUUUUUAAAAAAACACAGACAAGAUUGUUCUUUCUGCGCAAACUGAGAUCUUUUCAGGUUUGCAACAAGAUGCUGUAUAUGUUUUAUCAGAGCAUGGUGUGUAGUGUGUAGUGUGUAGUGUGUUAGAGUUUGCAGGGAGUGCUUCUGUGCGGGACACUGGCAGGCUGGACAAGCUGAUAAGGAAAGCGAGGUCUGUUGUAGGUCUGAGCCUGGAGUUAUUUGAACCCCUUGUUGAGAGAAGGCUGGCCAUGAAGGCGAGAGUUAUUUUGCUCGAUCCAGAUCACCCACUCCACGGCACACUGGCUGUACUACAAAUGCAGCGGAGUGGAAGGUUUUCUAUGCCGAGGUGUAGAACAGAGCGGUUUCGUCGUUCAUUCAUUCCGGCUGCUGUCAGACUUUUUAACAACAGUAUGACCUAUCGGCUGGCUUCUGAUUUUAUGCUUUGAGAACGGUUUUGUAGGCUAUAUGACUGUGGUAGUAGUUUUUUUUUUCAUAGUUGUGUGGGACUGAGUAAGUGUGUGGUAGUAUGGGAAUGUUGAAGUAUGUGUAGUAUUUUAUGCCCCUGAUGUUGACAAAUGUAUUUCCGCUGUGGAUUAAUAAUAAACUUGUCUUGUCUUGUUAAAAAUAAUUUCCCAUUAAACAUACAUC